UCCAGGUCGGAGUUGAGUAAAAGACUCGACCAACAAAGGACAAUCUCAUAGCACCUAUGCGGGUCACCGACCCCUCUGCGCUUUUCAAACAUUCCAUACCUUACCUAACAGCGUGACGUCGGACUACUAGACCCAAGCCCCGAUCUUCCGUCUCGCGCGAGGAACAUGAGACCGAACUGCACACCGAGAUGAGCUCCUCUCCAAGGCCGCCCUCUGCUCCGUGGCCCCCGCAAAGGCCAUCCAAGAGAAGUAAACUGCGCAAUGGCUCCGUAAUCAUCCCCUCGACCGGCGAGCGCUCGCAUCGCACCUUCACCCUCCGCCCUUCCAGCUUCCUCCCAUCGAGUCAGAGCGAUGCCUUUGCCAACUCGGCAUUGGCGCCUUUCUUCUCGCGCCAAUCCAUGUCGGACCGGGCGCACGCCGCAGCGCACAAUGUCCACGAGGCCGCCAUCCGGGUCCUUCGCUGGCUGGACUCACCCGUCGGCCAUGGAGUGCUCAAGUGCACGCUCGCAUACACCCUGGGUAGCUUGGCCACGUUCUGGUCACCGCUCUCCGACUUCCUGGGCAGGCCGGACGGCAAGCAUGUGGUGGCCACCUUGACGGUCUACUUCCACCCUGCUAGGUCGGUCGGGUCCAUGAUCGAAGCCGUACUGAUCGCAGUCGUGGCCGUCGCAUACGGCGAGUUGAUCUCGGUCUUGUCCAUGUGCACGUCUGUUCUGUUUGGAGAUGUUAUGGACUUGGUAGUUCUGGCUCACGCCCUGGUGUUGGUCGUCUUCAUCGGGGGCGGCUUCGGCUUUAUGGGAUGGGUCAAGCAAAGGAUGGGUAAUCCUCUGGUCGACGUCGGCAGCACCCUGGCUUCCCUUGCCAUCAUCGGCGUUGUUACCAAAGAGACGGCCGUUCUCACUAGUGUCUUCUCCAACCAGAAGAUUGUACAGAUUCUCAAAAUGCUUCUCAUGGGCGUCACAAUUACCACAGUCGUCAACCUUUUGGUGUGGAGAACGUCUGCGGUAUUCGCAUUGCGCGAGUCCAUGACCAAGGCAUCUGUUUCCCUGGGUGACAUGCUGUCACUCAUCACCCGGGGCUUUCUCAGCGGAUCCGAGGACGACGUGCGAUCGCCCGAGUUUGCUGCGGCCUCGUCCACAUACGCAUCCAUCUAUCCUCAGAUGACCAAGAAUCUGCGCGAGGCCAAGUUUGAGCGCUACUUUCUCGGCUACGAGAAGAUCUACCAGCUUGAGAGAGCCGUGGUAAAAUCUAUGGAGACAUUGGCUCAGUCCAUCGGCGGCUUGCGAAGCGCGGCAAAUUCACAAUUUGCCCUGCUUAAAGAGCCUAUGGGCCCGUUGCCCCGUGUCAUGUCUUCAUCCGAAGCUGUUACGUCCCCUGUGUUCUCACCAACCCUCCAUCGCGAAAUAUCGACCAGUAUGAGAACUGCCAAGGAAAGGAUUCCCACGCUGUCCGCGAUCGAUGAGGCGUCCGAAGGGAGCCAUGAGGACGAGCGGCGCCGGUCUGAAGAUGCAGCCACCGCCAACCUACCGCCCUUCAGGCACGCGUCAGAGAUUUUUGAACUUUUCAUCGAGCUAUUAGGGCCCUCGAUGAAGUCGCUGGCCUACACGCUGUCAGAAGUGCUCCGGGAACCGCCCUUCGGAGCAGCCCCCAACUAUGACAUUACCAUCAACGAGCACUUCCGUCACAGCCUUGCCGACGCUUUGUCAUUGUUUAACGAGGCGAGAGCGCAUGCUCUUGAAGAGCUGUACAAGACGCUUGAACUCGACCGCACAAGGUGUCACAGCAUCCAAGCUGACUUUGAGGAGGUCGCAGCCGCUUGUGGCCACUUCAGCUUUAGCCUUCAGACGUUUGGGGAGGAGAUGCAAAAAUACCUGGACGUGUUGGAUGACUUGAAAUAUGCUAGCGAUCACAGAAGGCGUAGUUGGCACUGGCUCAAGUGGUGGAACAAAGGAAAUCAUCAUGGCCGGGCGGCUCUGACCCUGCCUUACAACAAUCAAGAGCGGGACCCCCUGAUCAAGCCGAUCAAAAAGAGCGCCAUGCCCAAGGGAAUAGCUGACCCGUUGGUCAAACGCAGGGAUACGUACAGCUGGGAAGCCGCACCGGAAACCAAGAAAACCAAGCUCGUUGCGACAAUCUCGCAGAGAAUUCUCGGAGCGGUGAGGAGGUUGGCCAGGGAUGACAUUCGUUUUGGCCUGAAGGUCGGCAUAGGCGCGGCCCUCUGGGCCUCGCUCUCCUUUCUUCCGCAAACCAGGGAUUCCUACCGUCAUUGGAGAGGCGAAUGGGGCUUGCUAUCGUUUAUGAUCGUCUGUAACAUGACGGUAGGCGCAGCCAACACGUCAGGUACGGCCAGGUUUAUGGGAACGCUGGUAGGCAUUGCAGCAGCGGGCUUGAACUGGACCGUAUCACAGCAGAGCGCCCUCGGCCUCAUCCCUCUCGGAUCGCUCGUUGCUUUCUUGAGCUUCUAUGUCAUCAUCGCGCGGGGCAAUGCGCCGAUGGGUAGGAUCACGCUGCUCGCAUACAACGUGUCGACCCUGUACGCAUACAGCCUCUCUCUCAAAGUCGACGACGACGACGAUGACGAGGGCGGCGUGCAUCCCAUUAUGAGGGAGAUCCUGCUCCACCGCUUGACGGCGGUGACGGCCGGCAUCGUCUGGGGGCUGAUCGUCUGUCGGCUCAUCUGGCCCAUCUCGGCACGCAAGAAGUUCAAAGAGGGCCUCAGCAUGCUGUACCUGCAGAUGGGCCUCAUCUGGAAGCGCGGGCCGCUCGCCAUUCUCCUGCGCAGCGACUGCACCCGCUCGUACCUCCGGUCCGGCGAGCAGGCGGCGCUCCAGAAGUACGCCGCGCGCCUCGACGCCCUCCGCGUCAGCGCCGCCCGCGAGUUCGAGCUCCGGGGCCCGUUCCCCUCGGAGCAGACCGGGCAGCUCAUGGGCUGCGCGCACCGGCUGCUCGACGCCUUUUACGCCAUGUCGCUCGUCACGCAGCGCAAGGGCAGCCUGACCGAGGGCGAGCGCGCCCUGCUGCUGUACACGGCCGACGAGCGGGCGCUGCUGUGCGACCGCAUAUGCCACGUCUUUCAGGUGCUCGCGUCGUCGCUCAUGCUCGAGUAUCCGCUCACCGACGCCCUCCCCAGCGUGGCGAGGAUGAGGGAUCGGCUGCUGGGAAAGAUCUUCCAGUUCCGUAAGGAGCACCAGAAACAGCAGCAUCACCAUGUGGAUACUAAUGGGGUUGGGGCAAAUGCCGACACCGCCGCUGGAACGAGCUCUGUCGACCUUGGGCGGCUGGCCCAUGUGAAUGUCGAAGAGCGUGAUUACGCGCUGCUGUAUGCUUAUGCCUUGGUGACGGGCCAGGUGGCAGAGGAGCUGAAGGUGGUUGCCAUGGAGAUUGAGGGUUUGUUUGGAGUGUUGGAUGAGGACACCUUGCUCUUGCAAUAGCGGGUUGUUUUGGUUCUGGUUCCUUCUCGUAUAUUUAUCCUCCUAGUUGGGAACUGGGCUUAGCGCAGUAUAUGGGCUACAGUGGUUAAGGCAGACUGUGGGUUAUGUUACCAACUAGGCAGCGGUUCCGCAUCCCUAGAAAAAUCGUAGGUGAGGGCAAGAAAAAUAAAAUGGAAAGAGGGAUAGUUGACUAGUUAUUGCAG